UUAAAAGUCAACAAAAUUACCGGUCUUAUAUCGUUGAGUUUUUCCUUUUAAGUAGCAUUAUUUUAACAAAAUUUGUUUUAUAGUUUUCGGCACUUAUACAAGAAUUUAAAUUAACUAUAGUGUUUAUAGGUCUAGAUUAAUCAAGGUCAAAAACAGUUAGACAACAGCCCUAUGCCAUUUUGACAAUUUGUAAAAUCGAAAGAGCAAAUAUUUUGGUAAAAAAGUAUUUAAUUUAUAAAGUAACUAAUAAUCAAACAGUUUUUAUAAAAUGACUUCAACGAGUUUUAACAUUGGAUUAACUGGUACAAAAAAUUCGAGUAGAGUCCUUAAACCACCAGGAGGUGGACAUACUGAUAUUUUUGGCGUUAACGGUGAUUCUGAAAAUACGAAACCGAGCAAGAAAAAAAUUAUAUCUCCAACAUCAAUUACGAGCUGUUUGUACCACGAGAAAAAAGAAAAGCCUAAAGAAAAUGAUCAACUGGAAAAUAUCGUUGACAAAGAAUUAAAUUUUGAAAAGAAAUGCAAUGACAAUAGUUUCGAUGAUGUCAAAGAGACUAAAAAUGAUGAAAAGAAAAAUAUACCAGAACCUCCAAGAAGAGUAAGAGUUCCUCCAGGUGGUUUUUCAUCGGGUUUGUGGUAAAUUUUCCCUGUGUGCAAUGUCACUUAACGUAAUAUUAUAUUUUAAAAGUUGUAACUGGUAAGCUAGUUCUUCUAUCACCACUUGAAUACGUUAAAAAUAUACUUAAGUUAACUUUUGUUUGGAAAAAAUGUUAAAAUUUGUGUGAAUAAUUACUUGUUUGGAACAA